UGUAAAUCAGAACAGUGAUGAACACCCAACUGUAGUUUCUUCGAUCAGCAAGACUGCCACUCAUUCGAGUAGUAUGGUCAACAUAAAAGCCUUAAAAGAAAUGUCAGAAUCAGGCACAGCUACAAAUAGAAAUAAACAACAAAAAAAAUCCAAUUAUGGCUCAUUUCAUCAUGUAUGUUACUCAAGUCAUAAUACUACACCAGACUUUACAUAUUCCUUCUAUACUGCUGCACUUCCUUCGACCUUACACACAAAAGAUUUGCUGGACUUAUUGCCUGUUCUUGAAGAAAACAAGAACACAUGCUUUUGGAUAGAUAUUACGGAUCCAACACCAGUAGACAUGAAACAGCUACAAGGCUUUUUUUAUAUUCACCCAAUGACUGUCGAAGAUAUUACCACCAGGGAGCCUCGAGAGAAAUGUGAAGCCUUUGAUCAUUAUUAUUUCCUAUGCUUUCAAACAUUUGAGUCUGAUGCGCAUACUAUCAAUUACUUACAACCCAUGGGUGUCUAUAUCUUGAUCUUUAAAGGGUUUGUCUUAUCGUUUCAUUCUGGCACAAUACAUCAUCCUGCCAAUGUAAGAAAGCGAAUAUUACAUCUUGGGCAUUGUCUACCUGUCACACCAGACUGGAUCUGCUACGGGUUGUUGGAUGAUAUUGUAGACAGUUUCAUGCCCCUUAUCAAGUCUAUUGAAUUUGAAGUAGAUUCAAUUGAUGAAUUAGUGCUUAUUCUUAAAGAGACAGAACAAUCAGACAUGUUGAGACGCAUCGGCUAUUGUCGCAAGAAAAUAAUGAGUUUAUUAAGGCUUUUAGUGUCUAAAUCAGAAGUCAUUAAAACCUUAGUGAAGCGAGGAGCUGGAUCAGACUCUAUCUCAAGAAAACUACCGUUUAUUACCAAAGAUGUCAUUAUGUAUUUGGGUGAUGUUCAAGACCAUAUUGUAGCUAUGCUUCAAUCCUUGAAUCAUUACGAAAAGAUAUCUUCUCGAUCUCAUUCAAACUACUUAGCACAAAUCUCAAUUGAAAUGACUCAAACGAAUAAUGAAAUUAAUGAUAUUUUAUCAAAACUGACUGCGCUUGGUAGUGUCAUGGUGCCUAUGAAUUUAGUAACAGGCCUAUUUGGCAUGAAUGUGCAAGUGCCUGGACAAUCUCAGGAAGAUCUUUAUUGGUUUUUUAGUAUCGUGUUUUGUAUCUUUGCCUUUUGUAUUUUAUCAAUACUUGUGAUGCGAUUCUAUCGAAUUCUAUAAAGAAGAUCCACACCCUUCAUCCAUUUCUUGCUCCUCUUUUUUUGUUAGCCUUGAAAGUGCAGCUGCAGCCAUUUUCUGUCUUCUUGCUUCUGGUGUAUCAAGCAGUUGCCCUGAGUUUCCGCCUAAUCGAUACACGGGUGCUUCUUCUAUGUCUUCUUGUUUUUCAAGUGGUUGAUAAAAAUCACCACUGCCUAACUGAUGAGCACCAUGAGCAGUCCAAUCUAGACGAAUGACAUCCUUAUU